GAUAUAUUGUGGAAACAAAUCCUUUCAAAUAGGUUUUGAUUUGAUAACACACUAGCAGAACGUUUUGACUCACGAUCUUUCUUACUUACCUUUAUAGAUGGCAGUGAGGUUGUUGCUUUGUUAAAGCUAGGUUAGGCUUGUUUUGUUUGGUACUCAGCUGAUGGCUUAAGAUGGCCUGCGCUGAAUCUCUUGAAAAACUGUCCCUGUUGGAUGUAUCGGAACCCUCUCUGGUCCAGCCCUUGCUGCAACUGUCGCCUUUGAAAGAAACAUCACUUGCCGCUAAAAUUGACGAUAUUCACACCGAUUUCGUCAUAAUCGAAUUUUUGAACCGCGUUUUCAUUGUCAUCACACAACGUCAGACUUUCUCGAACCUGCUCUCUGUUACGAAGGAUACUCCAAAGACAUUUGAGGAAACCUCUGACGAAAUUUACACUGUGAAGUCUAUAUUUGGAGUUGACAGUGACCAAAGUUCACAGCUAGUGGCUCGUUUUCUUUGUGAGCACACUUCUAUCAACAAACCAGCACUAUUUGCAUUAGGCUUGAAGGAUCAUAGCCCAAGAACUGUCAGAGCGUUACGGGACAUAAUUAACAAACAUAAAUCUUGGUGAAGAGCAACAUGGCUGCAGUCAUUAAAACAUCAACCUUUGCUCAACUUGUGAUUGGGCCACCUGGAAGUGGGAAAACAACUUAUUGUAAGGCGAUGAGUACCUUCUUAGAAUCCAUCGGAAGGAAGGUUGCUAUUGUAAACAUAGAUCCAGCCAAUGAUGACCUUUGCUAUAAAGCAGCAAUUGAUGUCUCAGAACUAAUCACUGUUGAAGAUGCCAUGAUACACAUGCAUUUAGGGCCCAAUGGAGGUCUUGUGUAUGCCAUGGAAUAUUUAUUACAAAAUAUAAAUUGGCUAAUGGAUAAGCUUAGCAAGUUCAGAGACCACUAUAUCAUUUUUGAUUGUCCUGGACAGGUAGAGUUAUACACUCACAAUGAAUCUGUUCGCAAUCUAGUUUCCUUCUUGGAGAGCUCAGGAUUCAGAUUGUGUGCUGUGCACCUUGUAGAUUCCCAUUAUUGCAGUGAUCCAGGGAAGUUUAUAUCCACCAUUCUUCUAUCCCUUACGGCAAUGCUUCACCUAGGACUACCUCAUGUCAACUUGCUUUCCAAGAUGGAUGUGAUGCAUGAGUACAAGGACCGUCUUUUAUUUGGAAUUGACUUUUACACUGAUGUCCUGGACUUGCAGUAUCUACUAGAUGCAUUAGAUGAGGACCCAUUUGCCAAGAAGUAUCGGAAGUUAAAUGCUGCCCUUGUUUCUCUAGUUGAGGACUUCAGCCUUGUAUCUUUUUUGCCUCUCAAUAGUAAGGAUCAGAGAAGCUUGCUGAAAGUAAGAAGUGCGGUUGAUAAGGCAAGUGGGUGGGUGUAUGGUCAGGGAGAGGAGCGGAGUGUUCAGCAAAUGUUAGCUUGUGCGGUAGGGGCAGAGACAGAACAAGAGCGAAUAGGUGAUUUGCGUGACUCACUUAUGAAUGACGAUGACAGCGACAACAACUAAAUCGCCUCCAAUCCUGUCUUUUCAUCUUGGUUUCUUGAGAAUAAAUAACUACACAGUAACUUA